AUGAAUGUGGUCCUACCUUUGACGCAAAGUAUUGUAAAUGGAGUUGUUUCAAUUCUCGGUGGAAAGAAAGUAGUAUACUUUGCCGAACAAGUUGUUUACUAUCAAAACAAUCAUGGUGAAUUGAUCAAAUUGACUAGAGAACAAGUCGAACAAUAUAGGGAAUAUUUGGAAGUGUUUAUAAAUAGAAUCAAUGCUUUCACCUCAGAUAUGGCUUGA